AUGUCUUUCAAGGUAGCCUUAACACUUCUUCUUAUCAUAAUGCCAUAUUUUCUGAAAUGUUUAUCAGAGGGAAGGACCAUUGCAAAUUCACAUCGACGAACUCAGUGUAAAAUGCCAAAGAAUUUGUGUCAACUGAGAAAAGAAGUAAUUCGACCAGCUGCAUUAAGAGAUGCCUUUUCAAUAGAUUUAAUUAAUGGAAAGAACAUAACAGACGUCCCACCCGAGUACAUCGACACACACCAUUAUGUUUCCGGUGGAUCCAAAAUAUGCCAAAAGUCAUCCGACAACGAACUGUGCCCCGUGUAUUACGUUUUAAAUGUAGAUGAAAACAGGAUUCCGAAUUCAUUUUUAGAAGCUGUUUGUUCUUGUGCUUGGCCACAGAUGGAUAUCUUAAAAGAUACACGAGUGGAAUGCCAAACGAAAAACUAUUACACCAAGGUUCUUCGUCGAACAGGAUGUGAUGAAGAACAUAACACAUUUAUAUAUGAAGCCGUGUGGGAACCUGUUCGGAUUGGAUGUGUAGCUCUGUCUGGUCCAGAACGUUAUAUAUCCCUCCAACCUGUUUCGCCUAUCUAA